CCACUAAUUGCAAAAAUGCUUCCACAGAUACUCCUUUGUGGUGACAUCGUCUGGAUGAGCCUAGAGAAAGUCGAAGCGAUGUUUGAAGGUUUGGCGGAUAUUGUACAAAUGAACUCCUCAAAUCGCGCUGAUUUCUUGGCUUCCUUCCAGUCGGGAGGGAAGCAUGAACGUGUAGUCGGAAUCUACAGGCGGAAUAUGUCUGCAUACAGUAUUGGGACCUUCGACAAAAAUCUUAUUGAGGGCCUUCCCUCCAUCGUCAAGUGGGUUGCACACAAUGGCGCGGGGUACGACCAAGUGGAUGUUCAUGCAUGCAAAAACAAAGGUAUCUUUGUCUCAAAUGUUCCUAACGCAGUAGAUGAUGCAACCGCAACUACGGCACUGUAUCUUGUCAUCUCCUGUCUUCGCCACUUCUCUUACGCAGAAAGAUCAUUGCGUGCUGGCCAGUGGAAGACUUCUAUCUCAGCACGUAACACAUACGACCUCACAAGUCGCACCCUGGGUAUUCUUGGUCUAGGUGGUAUCGGUCUGCGACUUGCUCAUCUAGCGCACGCUUUCCCCAUGCGCAUCGUAUAUCACUCACGGAGGCGCAACCCUAAAGCUCCUGAGUGGUGCGAAUACGUGGACAAUAUAGACACACUAUGUCAGCAAGCGGAUGUCCUGAGUUUACACGUUCCUCUAAAUCAAGCGACGGAGAAGAUAAUUGGCGAGCGAGAAAUUAGACUACUAAAGCGAGGUUCAGUUAUCGUGAACACAGCACGAGGAAUGGUGGUUGAUCAAGAGGCUAUGAUCAAGGCCCUAGAAGACGGUCAUUUAUCGUCUGUCGGACUAGACGUGUUUCCCAAUGAACCGGAGGUUGAUCCCCGUCUGAUGAAGUUUCGGCAGAACGUUCUCCUCCCGCACAUGGGAACAGAAACGUCGGAUACUGAGGCUGCAAUGGAGCUCCAAGCCUUAACGAACUUACGAGACUUCCUGAAAACAGGUCAAGGCAAGGACAUCGUUCCUGAGAUGAGAGCUUGACGUCGGGCAGACACUCUAACAUUGAUGACUGGAUUAGGGUAGUUAACGAGUGUAUUGGGCGGUUCAAACCAAAUUGACUGAUCCUACUAUGAGCUCAUAGCUUCUCAUCAUAAAAUAUGUAUGCGCUACAUCAAA